UCCUUCCUCUCUCUUUUCCCUCGUACUGUCGGGCAUUACAUUUAGGUGGAUUUAUAAUCCGUCAAAAUCUUGGCCAUAUAAAGUCAUCAUGGCCGAACAACUGACUCUACGUGGAACGCUAAAAGGCCACAAUGGAUGGGUAACCCAAAUUGCCACCAAUCCUCAAUCUCCAGAUAUAAUUUUGUCUAGUUCGCGAGACAAGUCGAUCAUCGUUUGGAAGCUGACAAGAGAUGAUUUAAACUAUGGUCUGCCAGAGAGAUCUCUUCAAGGGCACAACCACUUUGUAGCCGAUGUUGUUAUGUCAUCUGAUGGGCAGUUUGCCCUCUCUGGUUCUUGGGACAGCACUCUUCGUCUGUGGGAUCUUAACACUGGAGUCACUACCAGACGAUUCGUUGGUCACACAAAGGAUGUUCUUAGUGUUGCAUUCUCUGCUGACAACAGACAGAUUGUGUCUGGAUCAAGAGACAAGACAAUCAAACUGUGGAACACACUUGGGGUGUGCAAGUACACCAUCCACGAUGAGUGCCACUCAGAGUGGGUUUCCUGUGUGAGGUUUUCACCUAACACUGGCAAUCCCAUCAUUGUCUCUGCUGGAUGGGACAAGCUAGUCAAGGUCUGGAAUCUCACUAACUGCCGUCUUAAGACCAACCACAUUGGUCACACCGGAUACCUUAACUGUGUAACUGUUUCACCUGAUGGCUCUCUGUGUGCAUCUGGUGGAAAGGAUGGCCAAGCCAUGCUGUGGGAUCUUAAUGAAGGCAAGCACCUGUACACACUAGGUGGCGGAGAUAUACUUAAUGCCAUGACUUUCAGUCCAAACCGCUACUGGCUGUGUGCUGCUGCAGGCCCAGCCAUCAAGAUCUGGGAUUUGGAAGGUAAAUCUCUAGUAGAUGAGCUGAAACCAGAGAUCAUCAACAUGGGUGGCAAGGCUCAACCUGCAGAAUGCAUGUCACUUGCAUGGUCAUCUGAUGGUCAGACACUGUUUGCUGGCUACACAGACAAUCUUAUCAGGGUGUGGCAGGUUACUAGGGCUUAGAAUUAACAUCAUGUUGUAAAAUUGAAAAGAAUAAAGAACGGUUCUCUCAAAACUGACAA